AUGGCUUACACUAAGAUCGCUUUAUUCGCUGCUAUCGCUGCUUUGGCUUCCGCUCAAACCCAAGAUCAGAUCAAUGAAUUGAACGUUAUUUUGAACGAUGUUAAAUCUAACAUACAACAAUACAUUAGCUUGGCUACCGACCCAAACUCUGGUUUCUCUUUGAGCAAUAUGCCAGCUGGUGUUUUGGACAUCGGUAUGGCUUUGGCUUCCGCCACUGAUGACUCCUACACCUCUAUGUACUCUGAAGUUGACUUUGCCGGUGUCAGCAAGAUGUUGACUCAAGUCCCAUGGUACUCAUCCAGAUUGGAACCAGCUUUGAAGUCUUUGGAGGGUGCUUCCUCUGCUGCUCCAAGCUCUUCUGAAGCUAAGACUUCCUCUGCUGCUCCAAGCUCUUCUGAAGCUAAGACUUCUUCUGCUGCACCAAGCUCCUCUGAAGCCAAGACUUCUUCUGCUGCACCAAGCUCCUCUGAAGCCAAGACUUCUUCUGCUGCACCAAGCUCCUCUGAAGCCAAGACUUCUUCUGCUGCGCCAAGCUCUUCUGAAGCUAAGACUUCUUCAGUCAAUUCUGGUUCAGCCAAGACUGCUUCUGCUACUCCAGAAUCUUCAGCCGCUGCUUCUUCCGCUAAGGCCUCUGCCAUCUCUCAAAUUACUGAUGGUCAAAUCCAAGCCACCAAGACUGUUUCUCAACAAACUGAAAAUGGUGCUGCUAAGGCCUUUGUUGGUAUGGGUGCUGGUGUUGUCGCAGCUGCCGCUAUGUUGUUAUAA